GUCUUGACCCUCGAGAUCCUCGGACUGCUUGUCCUUGGCUAUAGCUUGGUAUGGACAGCCUAUGUUAGACUCUUCCAUCCCCUUAAACACAUACCUGGCCCCUCUUGGGCCUCUGUCUCCCGACUAUGGAUGGUACAUCGCAUUCGUCAAGGGGAUAUGGAGGUAGUGCAACGAAGGCUCUACGAACGAUACGGACCCCUGGUCGGGAUCGCACCCGAUGAAGUGGCAUGUGCCGACCCGGAAGCCAUUCGGAAGAUUUAUCGCACACAAGCACCAUUGAGCAAGACGCACUUUGACCCAGUGUGGGGGUCGAAUAACUUGUCCAAAUACCCGGACCACUUCGUCAAUACGGACGAAAAGCUUCACAGUAGUCGCAGACGUAUCGUCAAUAAUAUCUACAGCAUGUCCACCAUCCUCACCCUCGAACCGUAUAGCGACGAUUGUGGUGCCAUGUUGAUCCAACGGCUGGACAAAUUUGCGACUUCAGGCACAGUGGUUAACCUCGGGCAAUGGUUGCACUGGUAUGCCUUUGAUGUUAUCGGAGAGCUCUUCUUUGGGAAAGCCUUCGGUUUCAUGUCAGAAGCAGAAGAUCACAAGUCAUACAUCGGAGCACUGGAAACACUGGUUCCUGUCCUCUGCCAAGCUGCGGUCGCCUCUCCUAUAGUACAGCGCAUAACUCAUGGAUCUGCUGCUAUCAAUCCAGCUACGAAGGAAGCCACGAAAGCGAUCAAGCAUAUCGAGGAAGCCGCGCGUUUGAGUGUUGACGGGCGCCUCGAAGAUGAGGGGACAGGCAGGCACGAUCUACUGCGUCAUCUGCUUGAGAUCUCGAGAUCCAAGGGCGACAAGGUAGAUUUUGGUGUUGGCGAAGUCAAGCUAGAGGCUUACAGUGCCCUGUUCGCCGGAGCCAACACGACGGCCAUUGGCUUGAGGACUGUCUUCCAUCAUCUGCUCAAGCAUCCUCAUGUUUUACAAGACUUGCGCGAUGAACUGGACACUGCUGCUAGUGAGGGUCGCCUCUCUAAUCCGCCACGUUUCGCCGAAGCAUCAAAGCUUCCACUGCUGACGUCGACCAUCAAGGAAGCAAUGCGUCUCCAUCCGAGUGUGGCACUUACCAUGCCCCGGCUCGUCGGUGACUCAGGACUUGAGCUUGCUGGCACUGUGAUCCCGCCUGGUUGGAAGGUCGGUAUGAACGCUGCUGUGAUCGGACGCAGCAAAUCUGUGUACGGACCUGAUGCAGACGAGUUCCGUCCCCAAAGAUGGCUAGAAAGUGGUGGUGAGAUUUUGGACAGAUACAAUCUUGUAUUUGGUGGUGGAACUAGGACUUGCAUCGGCAAAAAUAUCUCUCUUAGCGAAAUACACAAGAUCGUGCCUCUGGUUGUACAGAGGUAUGAUAUCAGCUUGAAGCAUCCUGACAGAGCCUGGACCACCAAGAACUGUUGGUUCAACAAGCAGGAAGGUCUUGAGGUUCUGAUCAGCAGGAGGAAGUCUGAAUAUUAG